AUGCCUGAAUGUGUGCCACAAAUCAUAUCCACUUUGAAAAUGCUCUUUGGUAGGCCAGACCAAAUUUUGGAAGCACAUAUCAAUGCAAUUCGUCGCCAACCGCCUCCAAAACCAGAAAAACUCGAAACUCUUGUUGAAUUUGCAAUUGCAGUGAAAAAUUUAUGCGUUUCUCUACAAGCUGCCAAACUGACAGAAUAUUUAAACAAUCCAAUGUUAAUACACGAACUCGUAGAUAAACUGCCAUCGCAAAUAAAAGUAAACUGGGCUUUAUAUCGGUCUACCUUACAAUCAUCUACUGGGUUGGAGGAUUUCGAUGAAUGGAUGUUCAACUUAGCGACAAAUAUAAGUACUGCUCUACCUACCUUAAUAAUAACCGGACGCAAUAAGCAAUACUCUGAGAAUGAACAUCUCAAUGUUCACAAUACUGGCUCUGGAAUGAAUUUGCAGUCAUCAGGUGAGCAAACGAAGUGCAAAGUAUGCAGAAAGGAUUGCAAGGUUGUGGCAGAAUGCAGAGUUUUCCAAAGAUAUCCGAUAUCAGAUAAAUGGAAGACAAUAAAAGAUUUGAAGCUGUGCAGAUUAUGCUUGAAAAGACAUCGGUAUCCAUUCAGAUAUCCAGUAAAAUGUGAGAAGAAUCAAUGCGAACGAAAACAUCACCCACUCCUCCAUAAAGAUGAUGAUCCUGCACCUGGACUUGUAGUGCCCACUUCAUGUUCAGAUGAUUCUAUCAGUUCAGCAGUCAAUGUAUACCAUCAAUCUUCUGCACAGGGCGUCCGCUUUCGCAUAUUGCCAGUUAUACUAAGAAACGGAGAUAAAAAAGUCGUAACAUAUGCAUUCCUAGACGAAGGAUCAUCAAUCACUUUGUUGGAUGAAAGUUUAUCCGAAGAACUGGGCUUACAAGGAGAUUAUGAACCAUUGUGCCUAAAAUGGACCGUGAGAGAUUCCUUGGUGUUGGUAAUGGUGUUGAAAUGUAUAACCAACUUGCCAAACCAUGUUAGGGGUGCAUUAAUAGAUAUUGAAAUAUUCAGGAAAACUGUCAAAGAACUGCUGAAGCUCAGACCAUAUUACAGCCUCAAAGAAUUCUACGAUGACACGAUCUGA